CAAGGUUCCUCUAUGAAUGGCCUCCCUGAUUUCUGGACCAUGAGACAACAAUACUUGAAGCUAUUUGCAGUGUUGUGCAUGGUGCUGAGACUGUGGGGGGCUGCAGCCUACAAGACAGGAGGCUGUGCCAAGUGGUGUCCUCCGCACUCCACAUGCCUCAAUGCCACCACCUGCCGCUGUGAGCCGGGAUUCACUUCCGGGGAGGAGCCCAUCAUCACCAGCCAAGCUGGAAGCUGCAACGAUAUCAAUGAGUGUGCACCGCCUUUGAGGACGUCCUGUGGGAAGUUUGCCGACUGUCAGAACACAGAAGGGAACUAUUACUGCAUGUGCAGCCCAGGAUAUGCGCUCCUUUCUGGGGGAAAAAAAUUCCAUAAUGAGAGUGAGAACACGUGUCAAGAUGUGAACGAAUGCACCUCCGGCCACAACCGCUGCCACAACUCCACCCAUUGCCUCAACAAAGCCGGCGGCUACCAGUGCCGCUGCCGAUCGGGCUGGAGGCCGAUCCCGGGAUCCCCGGACGGCCCGCCGGACACCCAGUGUGAAGACGUGGACGAGUGCCGCCUCAGACUACACGAGUGCCACAGCUCCACCACCUGCAUCAACACCGUGGGGUCCUACAAGUGCCUCUGCUCCCCGGGCUGGGAGCCGCUGCCGGGGCACACCCGGGAUGCAAAGAAUCCUGAGUGCCAAGGGAUCGACUUCCCCGCCUGGACGGCGCCCCCCGGAAUCCACAGCCCGGUUCUCGACGCCUUCUUUGAGGAAGUGCAGAAUCUGACCAGGGACUUCAGGCCACAAUCACCCCAGGACACAUCAGACACAAUCCAGGGCCUCCUGGAGCAUCUGGAUGAGCUGCUAGAGACCCCUGGGGACCUGGAGAGGCUGCCUCGUUCCCAGCAGCACAGUGUGGCCACUAGCCUGCUCCUGCACCUGGAGAAUACGGUGAGAGUCCUGAGCAAGGCCCUGCCCAGGGAGGCAUCAUCCUUCCGAGGUCCUGCAGGCACAGAAGUGACCCUGGAGUUGCAGGCUCAAGGUAAGAGGCAAGUCACCUUGAGUCAGAAUCAGACAAAGAUGCAGCUGAGCUGGGAUCUGGCACAAAAACCUGGACACCAAGGCCCUGCCAUGGUGGGCCUCAUUUCCAUUCCUGAGAUGGGCAAGCUGCUGGCUGAGGCUCCGCUGGUCCUCGAGCCAGAGCAGGGGGCAGCUUAUGAGACAGACAGGAGCCCACGACAGAAGCCAGUUCUGCUGUCCCCUGUCAUCGCAGCCUUCCUGAGCCACCAGGACACCAAGAACCUCAGCUCCCCGGUGACCUUCACCUUCUCCCACCAUAUGGUGGCCACUGGGCGACAGCGUGUUGUGCUCUGUGUGUCCUGGCACGGAGGCGGCGGUGAGUGUGGUCACUGGGUCACCACCGGCUGUGAGACCGUGGACAGCAGAGACUCCAGCACCACCUGCAUCUGCUCCCACCUGAGCAUCUUCGCGGUGCUCCUGGCCCAUGAAGACAGUCAGGACGCCGACCCCGCCCUGGCCCUCAUCACCCAAGUGGGGCUCAGCCUCUCUCUGCUCUGCCUCCUCCUGGCCGCCCUCACCUUCCUCCUGUGCAGGGCCAUCCGGAACACCAGCACCUCCCUGCACCUGCAGCUCUGCAUCUGCCUCUUCCUGGCCCACCUCCUCUUCCUCACUGCCAUCGAUCACACCCAACCCAAGGUGCUCUGCGCCUUCAUCGCCGGGGCCCUGCACUACCUCUAUCUGGCGGCCUUCACCUGGAUGCUGCUGGGGGGCCUGCACCUGCUCCUCACCGCCCGCAACCUGACGGUGCUCAGCUACUCUGCCAGGAGCAGAGUCUUCAGAUCGCUCAUGUUCCCUGUGGGGUACGGGGUCCCUGCUGUCACUGUGGCCGUGGCCGCAGCAUCCCGGCCUCAGCUCUAUGGGACGUCUGCCCGCUGCUGGCUGGACACACAGAAGGGCUUCGUGUGGGCCUUCCUCGGCCCUGUCUGCACCAUCUUCUCUGUCAACAUGGUGUUCUUUCUGCUGACCCUGUGGACGGUGAAAAACAGGCUCUUGUCCCUCAACCAGAACGUGUCCACCCUCCAGAACACCAGGAUGCUGGCAUUUAAAGGAAUGGCCCAGCUCUGUAUCCUGGGCUGCACGUGGUGUCUGGGCGUCCUGCAGGUGGGAGCAGCUGCCCAGGUCAUGGCCUACCUGUUCACCAUCAUCAACACCCUGCAGGGCGUCUUCAUCUUCCUCGUCUACUGCCUGCUCAGCCAGCAGGUCCGGGAUCAAUACCGGAAAUGGUUCCGCAGGAACCAGAAAUGGAGAGGUGAACCUGAGUCAUACACACUCUCCAGCAAGGCUGCAUUUGAUGCCUCUAAGCCCAGCUCGGCUAACUAGAAAGCUCUUACAAGCUACAACCUGUCUUCUCCUGGACACUCUGAGUGGCCAGUCUUUCCAUUAAGAGAGCAAAUGAAAACUUUGUGAUGUGUUUCAAGAAAUUCACCCUGAAAAGCCAGGCACUAGUGGCCCAUGCCUGUAAUCCCAGCUACUCAGGAGGCUGAGAUCUGAGGAUCGUGGUU